UUGGUUUUUGUUUAUCGUGCCAAAAUUACUAAUUAUUUGUUUUCAUCAAAGAAAUUGAUAAUAAUAUGAAGGACUAUUUAAGAAUAAUACGCGAAUUUCAAUGUGGAGUAACCGGGUGCAAUAAUAUGAGUGAGCUGAAAUUCUGAAAAUAUUCAAGUGCAAGCUGACUCAUUCCACUAACCAACAAUUCGACGAUGAUUGGGAGAAAAUGUACAUGGAUAUCGACGAGACACGGUUCAUUUCACCAAUUUCACCGCAAAGCGACAAUGAGUGGGAUCUUAACAUCGACGAUAACGAACAGUGCCAGGACAUUGAAAGUUUCCAGCAGAUCGAGGUUCAUUCGAUUCAAAAUCAAACCGAAAAUCAUUUUGUCAAAAUCGCGAGCACGUCCGAUAAUUUUCAAGGACAAAGUCGAUUUAAUGAUCUCGAAGAGGGGGAGCUGAGCGACAACGAUGGAGAAAUGCAAUUGCAAGGCGUCGACGAUUGGGAGAAAAUGUAUUUAGAUGAUGACGGAAAGUUCAUCGAUGCCAAUAGCAGUUCCAAUAGCUCGUUCGGUGCUUUUGAAAUUCGGAACGGAGAUGACGUGUUAGAGAUACAGCACAUCACAGACUGUGGCAACUAUGAAGAGGAUUUAGUUGAUGGACAAGAAGACGAAGUCUAUGCCGCUGGUUUUGACAGUGAAUUAGGUCUGCCGUCGGGAAGUGAAGUAAAUCAAGACGUUUCUGAAGUAAGAUAAUUUCCGUAUCUACGUGUUCGUGCUGUACCCUCGUUUCUGUGUUCCAAUAUAUGAAUUU